AUGGUGAGUUCUCCUCUACAGAUAGUUAGCCUGGUCCUGGCGGUCAUUGGCUUGGUCGGGACGUGUGCAGUGACAGGGCUGCCCCAGUGGAGCGUGACCGCCUUCAUCGGCAGCAAGCUGGUGGUCUUUGAGAGGAACUGCGAGGGUUUAUGGAUGAGCUGCGUCCAGCAGGCAACUUUCCGAAUGCAGUGCAAGUUCUACGACUCGUUCCUGAUACUGAGGCCGGAGCUGCAGGCUGGCCGUGCGCUGAUGUGCACCGCCGUGGCGCUGGCUUUCCUGAGCAUCCUCGUGGCCGCCAUGGGAAUGAAAUGUACUCGCGGUGGGAUUCCGGAUGAACAGGUAAAGAGCCGCCUAUUGAUAGGCGCUGGUGUCCUGCUGAUCCUUACAGGAGUUGUCGUCCUGAUCCCCGUUUCUUGGACCGCCAACACAAUCAUUCGGAAUUUCUACAACCCGCUGGUUUUGGAAGCAAGGAAACGUGAACUUGGCGAAGCCCUGUACCUGGGCUGGGCGUCUGCCGGCUUCCUGCUGGCUGCUGGGGUCAUCCUUUGCUGUUCAUGUGUCAUCGGACAGAAAAGGAGUUACAGUUAUAGACCUGGGCAACAGCGGAAGCAGCCCCCAAAACAGACCGCAAAGAAAAUUCCCAGCAUGUACUCCAAAAGCGAAUUUGUCUAA